CUCCAGCUCUGCACAUGUGCAUGUGCACUCAGCCUUCACAAACUCACUCAGCCUCGCAUAGCGAAGCACAAGUUCACCUGCUUUCCAAAAUACGGGGAGAUUUUUGGAGAACAUUCCUGUUGGCUUCUCUGCAGAUAAAGAAAGGUUGAUCGAGAUCUGGGGAACUAAUCAUCUGUGCUCACACCAUCUUUCUCUACACAACUCUACCCAAAACAGAAGGGCACAGAGGCGGAUCAGAAACUGACAUUUCCUAAACCUUUACACACAUAAACACUCCCACACACACUCCCAGUCCAGCAGAAGAGUUACUCUUGGAGGGGUCGCUGUACCAAGCCAGUUCUCUGAGCUCAGAAAUACACACGUGCACAGAUGCUCCCACACACACUUUUGUGGGUGCUACUGUAUUAAAACUUCAUCUUCUGCUGGAAUCUUUCUGUGUUACAUAAAUCCAGGAAUGGACUUUACUGGCAUUGUCAAGAUUAUCUGAAGGGCACUGCUGCGAUCAGCCCUGCUGAGGGAAUCUGACAUAAUACACCGGCGCUGAAGUUUAAUGCUAAAGAGAAGCUGAGUGUGUGAGAUCAUGUCUCCGUUUCUGAGGAUCGGCUUCUCCAGCUUUGAGAUGGACCCGGGACUUGCGUACCAUGAAGAGGUGCUCAACCCGUAUUGUGCUGUCUACAUGAAGGAGGCUGUAGAGACAGAAAAGGGUCAGGUGUAUAAGCAGAAACGGCCCACCAUGUACCCUCCAUGGAGCAGCACAUUCGAUGCCCAUGUUCACAAAGGGAGAGUGAUGCACGUAGUGGUGAAAGAUAAAACAGCUGAGUUGAAGACAGAGGCCACGGUGCAGCUGGACACACUCGCUUCCCGUUGCAAAAAGGAGAAUGGCAAGCUUGAGAUCUGGGUGGAACUAAAGCCACAGGGUCGUCUGUUGAUGGAAGCACGCUAUUUCUUGGAAAAAAAGGAUGCAGGUCAUGGUGAGGGAGAUGUAGAUGGAGACCCUGAGCGAGAGAGAGAGGAUGUGUUUGCGCUGCAUCAACGACGUGGCGCGAUCAAACAGGCCAAAGUGCAUCUAGUGAAGUGUCAUGAGUUCACGGCCACUUUUUUCCCCCAACCCACCUUCUGCUCUGUCUGCAAAGAGUUUGUCUGGGGUCUGAAUAAACAGGGAUAUCAGUGCCGACAAUGCAACGCUGCCAUCCAUAAGAAGUGCAUUGACAAAGUGAUUGCCAAAUGUACAGGCUCGGCCAUUAACAGCAAAGAAACAAUGAUCCAUAAAGAGCGAUUUAAGAUCGACAUGCCUCACCGGUUUAAAGUUUAUAACUAUAAGAGCCCGACCUUCUGUGAACAUUGUGGCACACUACUUUGGGGUUUGGCACGUCAGGGCCUCAAAUGUGAAGAAUGUGGCAUGAAUGUUCAUCACAAAUGUCAAAAGAAAGUAGCAAAUCUCUGUGGUGUCAACCAGAAGCUCAUGGCCGAGGCUCUGGCUAUGAUUGAGAGCACGCAGCAGGCCCGGAGCUCCAGAGAUAAUGAUAUAAUCGGACGUGAGGGACCGGUAGGUGUAGGACAGGCUGGAGUGGUCAGAGAGCCCUCGGGCUGUGUGCCAUCGCUACCAAUCCAUACCUUAUCCCCUACUCCAGCACCACCACUACCACGCAAAGAGCAGCAGGGUGUAGCCUGGGAUUCACCCUUAGAGGGCGACCAUCUCAGUUUCGGUGAAGAUUCAGAGCCACUGUAUGCUGUCCCACACAAAGAGCACCACAAAUUCUCCCUAGAUGACUUUACCCUGCACAAGAUGCUGGGAAAGGGCAGCUUUGGCAAGGUGUUUCUUGCCGAGCUGAAAACCACAGGGAAGUUCUUUGCAGUGAAGGCUCUAAAGAAAGAUGUGGUUCUGAUGGACGAUGAUGUGGAGUGCACUAUGGUCGAGAGAAGUGUUCUAUCUCUUGCCUGGGAACAUCCCUUCCUCACACACCUUUACUGCACCUUUCAGACCAAGGAGAAUCUGUUCUUUGUAAUGGAGUAUCUAAAUGGAGGAGAUUUAAUGUUCCACAUCCAGGCUUGCCACAGAUUUGAUCUCCCGCGCUCCACAUUCUACGCUGCUGAAAUCAUCUGUGGUCUGCAGUUUCUACAUUUAAAAGGCAUUGUGUACAGAGAUCUGAAGUUGGAUAAUAUUCUGCUAGACAUCGAUGGUCACAUUAAGAUUGCUGACUUUGGGAUGUGUAAGGAGAACAUGCUGGGAGAAGCCCGAACAUCCACCUUCUGUGGAACUCCAGAUUACAUUGCCCCUGAGAUUUUGCUUGGGCAGAAAUAUGGCACCUCAGUGGACUGGUGGUCAUUUGGAGUCCUUCUGUAUGAGAUGCUGAUUGGUCAGUCACCGUUCCAUGGGCAUGACGAGGAGGAACUGUUCCAAUCCAUCCGCACAGAUGACCCCUGUUACCCACGCUGGCUGACCAGAGAUGCACGAGACAUUCUCAUCAAGCUUUUUGUGCGGGAGCCGGAGCGGAGGCUGGGUGUGAAGGGAAAUAUUCGGCAACAUCCUUUCUUCAGAGACACUGACUGGAAUGCGCUGGAAAAGCGGCAAGUGGAGCCACCCUUCAGACCCACUGUGAAAUCACCAAGUGACUGCAGUAACUUUGAUAAGGAGUUCAUUAACGAGAAGCCUCGGCUGUCCUGUGCUGAUCGGACCCUCAUCAACAGCGUGGACCAGACUAUGUUCAAGAACUUUUCCUUUAUUAACCCAGGGAUGGCUCGCCUUAAGAACCCCUGAAACCUGCACACACACACACACACACAUUACAGCUUCUUUACGCACACAGAAGAUGCAAUGAAGAAAAUCAGUAAAGGAAGUACUAUACUAUAGUGCCAAUAUCUAUACUGUGUUAAAAGAAGUCAGAUGUGGAACAUGUGGAAUUUGGAAUUAGUUUCAGUUGUAAGGAGUGUGCACUGAUGUAAAAAUCCAGCUGAGGAUGUCUAUCUGUGUGUGAGAGAGGUUUAAUUGUUUUUUAAUUGCAGAGCCCAUGUGAUUAAUUUCUGUUGUAGUUUGACAAUAAUUUGUUGUAAAUGUUGUUUUAAUUGGAGUUAAUGAAGUAUAUUGGUGAAAUCUUGUGACACAUCAAGGUUGCAGUGUCCAAGGUAUUUUAACAACCUGUAAAGAAUAUAGUCUACACAUAAAUGCCAAAAUACAUGAAUAUAUAUAGAUAUAUGUAUGGAUGGAUCUACUUAAAGGCAUAUUAUAUGUAUUAUUUUUAUUGCCUAAAAUGUUUGCCUGUGUAAGUUAUAGAAAUGGCAGUUAUUACUAAUAUUUAACAAAUAUCUAGAGCUACUGCUAGGAAUGUCUGUCUAAAGUAAAAUUGUCUAGAAACAAAAUAAGAAGCUAACUAUUCAGUUCAAUUUUAUUUAUAUACUGCUUUCAACAAUAGACUUUGUCACAAAGCAGCUUUACAAAAAUCUGAAUGUAGAUGUAGCUUUAGUUCCCUAAUGAGCAAGCCAGUGACGACAUGAGGAAGAAACCUUGAGAGGAACCAGACCCAAAAGGGAACCCAUCCUCUUCUGGGUGACACCGAAUAGUGUCAUUAUGACUCAUUAAUUUUCCACAGUUGUAUACUAUAAACUCAAACAGUAUUUAGUUUGUUGAAAGGUUGUUCAUUAUGAGCAUCAGGGGUCUUUUAUGAUUACAACAGUUGUUGUUAUGUAUGAGUCUACAGUAUCCAAGUGAAGGUAUCCACUAAAGAACAGGUGAGUGUUUUUGGUAAGUGCAAUCAUUAGGGUAUCCACAUGGGACUUUCCAAAGUAACUUUUAAUGUAUCCAUUUGGGGCCAUCCACAGCAGCAGCAAGUGAGUCACAAGUGCAGGAACCUCUAAGCAGAAGUAGAGCAUCAGGAUUUACCAGGCAGGUCCAGAGGGCAGAAGGAGUCAGGAUCUGGCAGGAGCACCCCAUCAGACAACAGAUGUAACAUGUUUAUUUCAACAGAGAAAAAGAGAGAGAAAAUAGAUUAUUAUGUGCUUUUGUAUUAUAGUGGUUUAAAAGGGUGUUCUUUGUGAUCAGAGAGUAAGCAGGGACUCCAGCAGGAAUAACUAUGACAGUAUAGCUAAAAGGUACAGAAAGUAACUCUGAGGGCACCCUGGGACAUAAAGUGUCCUGCCACUCAACCGUCACCAAACCUAAGCAUGGGGGAACAACAUCCUAACAUCCAAGUGUACCAUAGCUGUCUAUGCCCAUGAACCCACUAAAUCUGCACCUUUACUGUAGAGAAAAGCUAUUAACAGAAAGCUUGACUAAACAAAUUAUUUUUUCAACCUAGACUUAAAAAUCCUGAACACUAAUUGAGAGGCUGUUCCAUAGCUGGGGAGCUUUGUAGGAAAAAGCUCUGCCCCCUGUUGUAGUCCUCAUUAUUCUAGGUACUAAUAAAGAACCUGCACUUUUCCAAUUGACACAAGUGUGGUGGCCAAUGCAGUUUGGCUAACAUUAGGAGUGACAUGAUCAAACUUUGUGGUUCUAGUAAGGACUGUGGCUGCUGUAUUCUGGACUAACUGGAGAUUGUUUAUGCAGUUAGUGUAACAUCCAGACAGCAAGGCAUUACAAUAGUCCAUUCUAGAGAGUAUCAUCUAGUUUUUUCUGCAUCAUGUAAUGACAUAAUAUUUCUUAUCUUAGCAAUAAUACUACUAAUAAUAAUAAUACUAUAUAAUCAGAAAGCUUACUUUUAGCUGUCUGUGGUUCUUGUAGAAGAACUUCUGCCUUGUCAGAAUUAAGUAGGAGGGAGUUAGCCAGUAUCCAGUGUUUAAUGUCCUUUACACAUUCUUCAACAUCAUUAAGCUAACAUUUGUCAUCUCGCUUUACUGAAACAUAACUGUGUGUCAUCACCGUAUUCUGUUUACAAAUAAAUUACACCCAGAGGUAGCAUAUAUAGUAAAAAAAAAAAAAAAAAGUGGGCCUAAAUCACAGCCAUAUGGAACACCAAACUUUACUUUUGUACACAGAGAGAAGUCACCAUUAACAUUUACAAGCUAAUAACAGUCAAAUAUGACCUGAGUCAUAUUUCAUGUUCCCUUAACUCCAAUAACAUUUUCUAAUCUAUCUAGGAGCACAUUAUGAUCUAUAGUAUGAAAAGCUGCACUGAGAUCGAACAACACAAGCAAAAGUGACACAACCCUGAUCAGAGGCCAGUAUUGUCAUUUACCACUUUAACCAGUGCUGUCAUAGUACUGUGAGGAGGCUUAAAUCCUAACUAACAAACUUCCCAUUAAUCACUAUCUGUGAAGUCCUUACAUUAAUGCACCACUAGAUGGCACUCAAGUUUCCUGGUUGUAGUUAAGCAUGGAUAAGAGAUGUUGCAGUGCUGAGCCUGUGCAUGUUGCAAUGCUAGUUCUGAGCACUAAUUAAAAUUCCUAAAAGGAUGAUUCUUCUGCGUUUCCUGUCUACCUAAGAUACAGCAAAAUUGGCAACAAGGACGAUUUUUAUUUACAAGGUUUACUGGGGAUUGCAUCUGUAAGUGCUCCUUUUCCAAGUCCUUUUUUACCGUGUCCUGGUAAGCCUGCUAUACCGCUAGUAACGUGACUGAAGAUGUUUCAGAACUACAUAUUAGUGAUUAAUACGACUGGAGAUUCCUGGCCAGAAGCAAAGAAAACAGGCUUUGCUCCUUCACUGUCUUGGAACAGAAGGUUAGAGAUUGCUAUAUGCAUUGCCUAAUACUGGUGACGAUCUGGCCGAUGCUAUUGAAGCUUUGGAAGAACACUUCACUCCAAAAAGAAAUGCGGUACUGGAAAGACAUGCUUUUAGAAAAUGUGCACAGGAGACUGAUGAAAUGGUAGUACAAUACUUUGAUGCUCUUAGAGACUUGACUACUACUUGUGAAUUUGGUUGAUAGGCUGAGUGACCUAGAUGAUAUGCUGUGUGACCAGCUAGUUGAAAAUACUGCUAACUUUCACAUGCACAAAAGAUUAUUAGAGGAAUCUAAACUGACACAGAGACUGCGAUUACAAUUGCCACACAGCUAGAAGCAGCUGAUGCUCAGACGAAGUCGAUGUCUGCAAGCAGCUCUGCCCCAGUACAAGCCAUACACGCUACUCCUGCUUCCAGAUGACAGUGUCCAAAGGCCAAAUUCAAGGCACAUACCUUAUUAAAAACGUCUGCUUCUGCUCCUGCUCCAUCAGUUCGAACAGGCUUCCACUGUGGCUCCGAUGGACAUCUGGCACCUUGCAUCUUGCAGUGGAUGGAACUGCCGCACUUCAUCUGCUACAUCUAAGAAUUGCAAUAAAAUUGGACAUUUUGUGCAGCUCUGCCGUUCUGCUCCUACUUGUACAGUGCAUGCGAUUGAAUUACCUGAGGUCUGUAUUCUCCACCUGCCUGGACCAACUGACCGUCUGUUGUGUGAUAUGGCCAUAAAUGUUUCACC